AUGCGGAAGCAGAGCUUGGCCUCGUCCCACGAGCGGGCACACCAAGGUGAUGACGAGCAACGCAGCGGCCAGCAGCAGGCAGGCGGGGACGCUGAGGGGCAGCAGGAGGCCGAGCGCGGCGAGCAGCAGCAGGGAGGAGAGGACGAGGUGCAGCUUCACGGACGCCCGCUUGACGGAGCAGCUGAGAGGAGGGAAGAGCAGGAAGAACUGAAGAGAGAAGAGCAUGGUGGCAAAGACGAGGGGUGUGGACGGCAGGCGCGAGGCAAUGAGGACCGAGGCGAGGAUGGAGGCGUGGAGGGAGACGCUGGCGACGACGGAGGUGGAGGUGGCGGAGGUGGUGGAGCAGCACGAGUAGUCGUGGAGGAAGAGGUGGAGGAGCAAGAGGCAGAUGGCGCAGACUGGGGUCAUGACGUAGAGGCCGGCGACGAAGUAGAGGAGGUGGCGGAGCGUCGUGGUGGUGGUGUGGCGGCGGUGGCGGUGGUGGUGGAGAGUGGUGAGGAGCCAGAUGCACAGGCCAAGCGCCAGGAGCAGCGCGUCGAGAGUGAGGAGCGCGGCGGCGGUGAGGCGGUGGCAGAGGGUGUAAGCCCACACACUGGCGAUGAUGGCAACCACACACAGGUGCUGCGCCACUCCCACUGA